AUGGCAAACAAGAAGUUUCUGUCGAACAUCUCGACUAAUGGCUACAUUGAAAAAUGUGUCGACCUGACGUAUUUGAAGAAGAUACUAAAGGUUCUUAGGUCAGGCAAAGAAGUUAUAUAUCCCAACCUGAUUAAAUUCUGUGAGAAGCACAUAGAGAAACUGGAUCCUAAAAGUCACACCCUAAGGAAGCAGAAUUCUUCAGCAACAGCUGCUAGUUUCUCUAAGGAUGAAUGGAAACAGAUCACUGAUCGCAUACAGGUAAAUAUUGUUAAUUUGGACACCAUUUGUCACUUAAGAUUUGAUGUUGAAAAAGAUUGUGCUAAAAUUGAGAGUGUCACAAAGAAUUCUUUUCCUGCCAUUGUCAAUCACAGUCUGCCAAACAUCAAAAGGAGUUUACAUACUUCAGCACUCACACGGCAGGAGAAAGCUGUUUUAGCACACCGUGAGAAGGACAAGGGCAAUGAUGCUUUCAGAGCAAGUGAUUAUGAGGAGGCUGUGGCCUUCUACACUAGAAGUGUGUCCUUCCUGCCAACGGCUGCAGCCUAUAAUAACCGGGCCCAGACGGAGAUCAAACUGCAGCAAUGGCAUGAUGCAAUGAGCGACUGUGAGAGGGUGCUGCACCUGGAGCCUGAAAAUACCAAAAGGUGCCUAUCUCUGCUGCAUGUUGCCACUGUGCAUAAACACCUGGGGAACCUGCUCAUGGCCCAUGAUGACCUCACUGUUGUGAUGCACUUGGAGCCACACAAUGUGACUGCACAGAGUCUCCUGAGGGAUGUCAAUAAGAACAUAAAGGUCGACAUGCAGGACAAACCAAGCAAGAGCACAAAGCUACUCAUACAAGAAGUGGAAGAGGAAGAAUAUGAUAAAGAUGAGAGAGACAUUCCAGAUAAUGAUCAGACUGUUGUUCAGGAGGCAGUAAGAGGGGACAUGGGUUGGGGCAGACAAAAGGUGCAGGCAGAGGGAGUGACAGACACUGUGAAGAGGAGGGGCCUUACCGGUGACAUCACAGCUCAGCAUGGCGACAGGAAGAUGGCCCAGCUAAAGAGUGAAGGGAACCAGCUUUUCAAGAUUGGACAGUUUGUAGCUGCUCUGGAGAAGUACAUGCAGGCAAUUAAAAAGUUCACAGAAGUAGGCCUCAGCAGUCCAGAGGAUCUGUGCAUGUUGUACUCAAACAGAGCUGCCUGUUACCUCAGCUCUGACUGCAUAGCAGACUGCAACAGAGCCCUGGAGCUGCAGCCAUUGAAUGUGAAGGUAUUACUGAGCAGGGUGAUGGCAUAUGAGUCUCUGGAGUACUACUGCAAAGAGACAAGCUCCACCCUCUGCACAGUCGGUGACUUGCACAUAAGGACAAGCACAGGAGGCGGGACAGCAGAGGAAAGCUUCACUUCCAUGAAGAAAGAAGGAGAUGAGUUGAUGAACGGCCAUUACCCGGAAGCAACAAUGAAAUACAGCAAAUGCCUUCAAAUCCAAGCAAAUUAAUGUGCUGUUUAUACCAGCAGAGCUCUCUGCUUUAUUAAACUAGAGCGCUUUGUUGAAGCCAAGCAAGACUGCGACUCUGCCAUAAAACUUGAGCUUUCCAAUAAGAAAGCCUUCUACAAACGUGCCUUGGCCCAUAAGGGCUUAAAGGAUUAUGUGGCAUGUAUCUUAGAUUUGCAGGAGGUUCUACAUUUAAAUGCAAGUGUGCAGGGGGCUGAGUGUGAGCUAGCAGAGGUCACGGUCCUGCUGGCAGAGGUCAUGGCCAUGCUGAGGGAACAGCACGACAUAGGAUUUCCCAUAAAGCCUCGCAAGAGUGUAGUUAUCACUGAGAUGGCAGAGAGCAGCUGGGACGCAGGGCAGAGGAGCAGUGGUCAGUGCAUAAACCAGCAUCCGUCCAGCGUGUAUGAGUUUGGCCAGGUGCUAAAUGCAGCUUGUUCACAUAAAGACACUGCAGCCUGUGCUCAACUCAAGUACAUCAGCACACAUCUGGAUGCACAUACCCUCAGUUUCAUCUUUCAGGCAUUGGACCUGUUCCUUCUGUCAGCUGAGCCCAGUCCGGUCUACCAGAUCCUCAGUCACCUCCACACCACUGAAAGGUUCUCGGUGGUGCUGAUGCUUCUGGAUUCAGAUGAGAAGAGGCAGAUGAUGGAGCUGUUUAAGCACAUGUGCUCUGUUGAGAGUGAGCUGUUCUCUCAAAGUGACAUUCAAAGUCUGACAAAUAAAUACAUCUGCAUGAAUCAGUAUUAA